AUGGCCGACUCAAAGACUGCUGAAGCCGACCGUGCUGAUGUCGGCCAAGGAGCGAACGCUCAGGGCAGAGGCCGCCCGACUUCAACGGCCUCAGACGCCACGGUGACGAGAAGGGUGCGGGCUGAUGGCAACACUCAGCAACCAGCCCGAUCCCGUCGGGCACGCCAGAACCAACAGCCUGCCCAGCAGCAGGGUCCCGCCCAGGGGGGGCAGGCAUUUCAGGUUCAGCAGCCGAAUAGGAACCAGCAAGCCUCCCAGCCUCACCAUGGACUACAGAACCAACAACGUGCCCAGCAGCAGGGUCCCGCCCAGGGCCAGCAGGCAUUUCAACUUCAACAGCCGAAUAGGAUGCCACAAGCCUCUCAGCCUCACCAGGUACCGCACGACCAGCUAUUCGAGCUUGACUUCUACCUCCCUCAAGGCCAGUGGGCUGCACAACCUCGGCCGCCGACUAGCAAUCCGCCGCCCGUUGCGGCAGCGCAGAACCAGUUUGCCCUAAACCUUACCCUCAGUCCGGGCCAGUGGGAAAUGCAAGCUCAGCAGCCUGAUCAGCAUGCGAAUGGCUUCUUCCAUCACCAUCCGUCUCAAACCUCGCAGAGCCAACAGCCCGAUCACCCGGCUCAACACCAGCUGGCUCCACAACCUCAGCAGCAGCCCGCUCAAUAUGCGCGCCUCGCUCAGUACCAUCAAGAAAUGCAACUGCGGAGGCAGGCAAUGCGACAGCGGGAGAUGGCAUAUCAGCAAACCGCUCAGCAGCAAGCCGCUCAACAGCAAGCCGCUCAACAGCAAGCCGCUCAACAGCAAGCCGAGGAGGCAGCUCGCAUUGCUGCCCUUGUUGAAGCUUAUUUUCCCACUACAGAUCAACAUGCACCGCAGAUCGAAUUCUCUGCUCAGCUUCAGGCUUCUGCUGGACUCUCGCAGGCCGCGCAGGGCCAACAGCCUCCUCAGUUUCAGGGCUCUACCGGACUCUCGCAGCCGCCCUCAGGCCAGGCACCGGUGGGCCAGGACCUCGCUGCGUUUGACGAUCCCUUUGAGUCGCGGCACGCCGCCCAGCCUCACGCACAUCCGCAAAACGGGCCGCGCGGGCAGCAGCUCCCCGCCACCGGCCCGGCUCGCCUGCAAGCACCCGUACGGCCGGGGCUGAUGCGGCCGCUCUCGUUUGAGGUGUUCAACGCAGCCCUCGAAGUCUACAGGCGUCAAUCUCCGCCGCCCCCGGCGUUCGCCAACGGCGAGUUGAGAGUCAGGUCCCCGGAGGGACGGAGGUACAUUACGAAUCUGCAAGAGGAGAACCGUCAGCUGAGGCAUGCGCUAGCCCGAAUACUGCAAGAUUGUGCCCGGUUGUCCUAA